AUGGCGGCUUCAUUUCGCGUUAAUCUGUUGUUUUUCAUGUGUCUGGUUGUGUCUGUGGCGCUCGGCAUAGACCUCCCCCGGCCUCUGUUUGUUCCUCCAGACUCCUCUCUCAAGAACCAAGACAAUGAGCCGGCCCCUGGAUCUCCUAUCCGGCUCCAGGACUCGGACCCCGUCCUCAGGAGAGUGCUGCAGUUCGCCGAAGAGCGGUACAACCGGGGCUCCAACGCCUUGCAUUUGCGCAGAGUUAGCCGGCUGAUCUCCGCCACUAAACAGGUCGUGAAAGGCAUUCGUUACUACCUCACAGUGGAGCUCAGUAACACACAGUGUAAGAAGUCAGCCAUGCUGUUUUCAUGUGACUUCGACCCAGAGCCACAAAGACUCAAGACGGAGGUUUGUCUGUUUGAGGUCUGGGACAUCCCCUGGCAGGGCAGCUCCACUCUGCUCAAACAGAAGUGUGAACCUAAAGUGUACCCUGAAGAAACCAACCACAUCCAGGACUCAUAUGUUCAAGCAGAAGAGGUGGAGUCUUUGAAGCUGCUGGGCCAAUUUAAAGAGUUCAUGGCGAAAUACAACAAAGACUACAGCACACAGGAAGAGGCUGACCGUCGUUUGAAAAUCUUUAGUGAAAAUCUAAAAACAGCAGAGAAGCUUCAGUCUUUGGACCAGGGAUCAGCGGAGUAUGGAGUGACCAAGUUUAGUGAUCUAACUGAGGAGGAAUUUCAUUCUGUGUAUCUGAACCCGAUGCUGAGUCAGUGGACACAGCACAGACAGAUGAAGAGGGCUCCCCCUGCAGCUCAGCCCGCGCCUGAUAGCUGGGACUGGAGGGAGCAUGGGGCAGUCAGUCCAGUCAAGAACCAGGGGGCAUGCGGGUCUUGUUGGGCAUUUUCUGUCACAGGGAACAUCGAGGGACAGUGGUUCCUCAAAAAUGGUUCGCUACUCUCUCUCUCUGAGCAAGAGCUGGUUGACUGUGAUGGAUUGGACCAAGCCUGCAGAGGAGGACUGCCUUCAAACGCUUAUGAAGCCAUUGAGAAACUGGGUGGUCUAGAGACAGAGAAUGAUUACUCGUACACCGGACACAAGCAGAGAUGCGACUUCACCACCCGGAAAGUGGCUGCUUAUAUCAACAGCUCCGUGGAGAUUGCAAAGGACGAGAAUGAAAUCGCUGCUUGGUUGGCUGAGCAUGGACCAGUGUCUGUGGCUCUGAAUGCUUUUGCAAUGCAGUUUUACCGAAGGGGGGUAUCGCAUCCUUGGAAAAUCUUCUGUAACCCCUGGAUGAUUGACCACGCAGUACUCAUGGUUGGAUAUGGAAACCGUAAUGGCGUGCCAUUCUGGGCCAUCAAAAACAGCUGGGGAGAGAAUUAUGGGGAGCAGGGUUACUACUACCUGUACAGAGGGUCCAAUGCCUGUGGGAUAAACAAAAUGGCUUCUUCUGCUGUGAUCAACUAAACCAAUUCAUCUCCAUAACGACACAUAACAUAAAAAGCACUGAAAGCCACAUACCAGCACCUUCAAUGUCGAUGCUACUGAAGCCCCCAUAAACAUAGAGCAAUAUUUCAUCUGUACCUCACCUAUUGUCAGUGUUAACAAAUAUUUAAGCCUAUAGAUGCUAGAUUUGAUUAUAAGCUAAAAUGGGAGGUGAAAUGUGUCAUAUAUAUGCUUUACUUUAUUCUGCUGGGAAAAAAAUAUCCUGAUCUUCUGUAUAUAUAUAUAAAUAAAAUAAUGCACUAUUGUUUAAUAACAAUAUGGUCAUGAGCUCUGGGUAAUGACCGAAAGGACAAGAUCGCGGAUACAAGCGGCUGAAAUGGGCUUCCUCCGCAGAGUGGCGCACCCUUAGGGAUAGGGUGAGGAGCUCGGUCACACGGGAGGAGCUCGGAGUAGAGCCGCUGCUCCUACACGUUGAGAGGAACCAGGUGAGGUGGCUCGGGCAUCUGCUCAGGAUGCCUCCUGGACGCCUCCCUAGGGAGGUGUUCUGGGCAUGUCCCACCGGGAGGAGGCCCCGGGGAAGACCCAGGACACGCUGGAGGGACUAUGUCUCUCGGCUGGCCUGGGAACGCCUUGGGGUCCCACCGGAGGAGCUGGAGGACGUGUCCGGGGUGAGGGAAGUCUGGGAGUCCCUGCUUAGACUGCUGCCCCCGCGACCCGGCCCCGGAUAAGCGGAAGAAAAUGGAUGGAUGGAUGGAACAAUAGUGCAUUAUAGCCCUGUCUGUUUCUUAUAGUGGACAUAAAACUAUAAUGAAUUACUAAUUACUAUAAUAUAAUUUAAUUGUAAUUUAAAAAUGUGAAAUUAUUAGUAUUCCUGGUUUUAUUCAUAAAGCAAACACAAAGAGUUUUUCCUAUCUUCAGUGACACGGAAAUUUCUUUGUAAUUUUUUUGCAUCUUUACAAUUAAGUUACAAUAAAUAAAAAAUUUCCAAUCAAAUUUU